AGCCCUGUGCUGUAUCUCUGCCCCACCGCUCCUGGGCAGGGCUGCAGGAAGGUUUUGGUGCCCCAGGCUGGACUGCAGAGCCAUGACAAGAGCCAUGUCCAAGGAUGGAGAGCCCAAUGGGGCCACCACAUCUCCUGAAGAGAUAAAAAUAGAGGAAAUGGAAGAGAGAGGCCAGUGGAGGAACAAAAUGGAGUUUGUGCUGUCUGUGGCUGGGGAGAUCAUCGGCCUGGGAAACGUGUGGAGGUUCCCCUACCUCUGCUACAAGAACGGUGGAGGAGCCUUCCUCAUCCCCUACCUCAUCUUCCUCUUCACCUGUGGGAUCCCCCUGUUCCUCCUGGAGACGGCGCUGGGGCAGUACACGAGCCAGGGAGGGGUGACGGCCUGGAGGAAGAUCUGCCCCCUCUUUGAAGGAAUUGGAUAUGCCUCCCAAGUCAUUGUGGGAUACCUGAACAUCUACUACAUCAUCAUCCUGUCCUGGGCACUCUUCUACCUGUUCAGCUCCUUCGCCUCAGUGCUACCAUGGGCCAGCUGUGAUAACUCCUGGAACUCAGAUCUCUGUAUGGACAUUCUGAAUAGAUCCAGCCUGGACAACAGGACCUUGCCAGUGAAUGCCACCUCCUCAAUGAUUGAGUUUUGGGAGAGAAGAGUCCUGGGGCUCACGGAUGGCAUUGACAAACUGGGCACUGUGCGCUGGGAGCUGGCUCUGUGUCUCCUGCUGGCCUGGAUCAUCUGCUACUUCUGCAUCUGGAAAGGGGUCAAGUCCACGGGCAAAGUCGUUUACUUCACUGCCACCUUCCCCUAUGUGAUGCUCCUCAUCCUGCUGGUUCGAGGGGUGAUGCUGCCAGGGGCUGCUGAGGGAAUCAUCUUCUACCUGAAGCCUGACAUCUCCAGGCUGGCAGACCCACAGGUCUGGAUGGAUGCAGGCACUCAAAUCCUCUUCUCUUAUGCCAUCUGCGAGGGGUGCCUGACAGCUCUGGGCAGCUACAACAAGUACACCAACAACUGUUACAGGGACUGCAUCCUGCUCUGCUCCCUGAACAGUGCCACCAGCUUUGUUGCUGGCUUUGCCAUUUUCUCUGUGCUGGGCUUCAUGGCUCGAGAGCAGGGCGUUCCUAUUUCACAAGUGGCUGAAUCAGGUCCUGGCCUGGCUUUCAUAGCAUAUCCAACAGCAGUAACAAUGAUGCCCGUGUCUCAGCUCUGGUCCUGCCUCUUCUUCCUCAUGCUGAUCUUCCUGGGACUGGACAGCCAGUUUGUCUGUGUGGAAAGCCUGGUGACAGCUAUUAUUGACAUGUUCCCAGGAGUGUUUCGGAAGAAGGGGCGCCGGGAGCUGCUGAUCCUGGCCAUUGCUGUCAUGUGCUACCUGCUGGGCUUACUGCUGGUCACUGAGGGUGGCAUGUACAUCUUCCAGCUCUUUGACUACUAUGCUGCCAGUGGCACAUGCCUGCUCUUUGUGGCUGUUUUUGAAGUCAUCUGUAUAGGAUGGGUGUAUGGUGCCGACCGCUUCUACGACAACAUUGAGGACAUGAUUGGUUUCCGGCCGUGGCCCUUGAUCAAGAUUUGCUGGCUGGUGUUCACCCCAGGGCUGUGCUUGGGCGUUUUCCUCUUUUCCCUGAUCAAGUACACACCCUUGAAAUACAACAAUUCCUACGAGUACCCACCCUGGGGCUACAUGCUGGGCUGGCUGAUGGCACUCUCCUCCAUGGUCUGCAUUCCUCUCUAUGCCAUCUUCAUCCUCCUGAAAACCAAAGGACCCCUGAAACAGCGGCUGAUGCAGCUGCUGUCCCCGGCGCAGGACCUGCCGCAGCCCGGGAGGAAGCGCAUGGGGCCGGCUGGUGUGAGACCCGAGGGAUGGUCCCCGCCAGUCCAGGAGGUGCUCAGCAUCACAGAGAGAGAAACACACUUCUAAGGCACCUGGGAUGUUUCCUCCGUAACCCAGACUGGUUGGCUCUCUGCUUCCCAAAGCGGUUUCUUUUCCCUUCUCUCGCUCACAGCUGGCACAAUUCCUCUCCUUGCAGCCAGCUGUUUGCACCCCCUGGCAGCAGAGUUUCUCUGUUUCUCUUACACCCUGGGGACAGCUCCUCCUCCAGCACGCCUUUGUCAGAAGUGCCCUUCAUUACUGACACCGCCCGGGAAGAGAAAAACAACA